GUGCUGUAAAUCAGUAGUAUGUGUUUGAAAUCCUCUUCAUGAAUCUAGUGUUGAUUGUGUUGUCACUCCAGUACAGGAGGAGGCACUAUGGAGAUCUUUAGUCCCCCAGUAAACUCACUAAAGAAAGAAAGAAGAACUCACAGUUUGAACACUAAGCUGGUGUGUUUAUAGUUCAGUGUUUUUAGUUCAGAUGUUGAAGAUGAGUUUGCAGGGGGAUUUGAUGUGCUGUAAAUCAGUAGGAACUGAUCUGUCCAUGCUGGAUAUUGAUGAUUUGAUGAGAGAAAUCUCUCAGCUGAAGAAAGAGGUGGCGUUACUGGAGGCAAAGCUGAGGGAAAGAGAGGUUUGUACAGGUUCAACACGGAGUCAGACAGCCAUUCAAUAUAUAAAUCAGUGUGAUUGUGUUUGUCAGGUUUCAGAUCAAAGAUCCAGAGACACACAGGACUCAGAGCUCAGCCUCACUUUACUCUGUUAUACUGAUGCUCAGGAGAGUGUGUGUGACAGUAAUCAGGGUGAUCAAACCUCCACAGAGUCUCUGGCUUCUGUCUGUAACACUGCUGGAGAACAGCAGAUGCUCAAGAUACCAUUGAAGAUGUGUUCAGUGAAGCUGAUGGACUGCAGGAACCUCAUGGAGAUGAGACGAGAAACCACAGCACAGGAACAACACACUGAUGAAGAUGAUGAUGAUGAUGAAACCACAGCACACCAACACACUGAUGAAGAUGAUGAUGAUGAUGAUUUUAAAACCACAGCAGAGGAACAACAUAUGAGUGAUGAAGAUGAUGAUUUUAUUCCUUCAGAUGCAAACAGUGGUUCAUCUGAUGGAGAAACGGCUUCUACAUCAAAACAGCAUCUUUCCUGCAAAAUUUGUGAGAGGACAUUCACUUCGAAAGGACGUUUAGUGAGACAUGAGAGAAGACACAAAGAGCAGAAAGUCUUCAAAUGUAAGAGAUGUGAGAGCAGCUUUUCUACCUUAAAAGAGAGGAACCAUCAUUCAGAAGUGCACAAAGUAAAGAAGGAGUUUCCCUGUGAGCAGUGCAGGAAGGUUUUCCUUACUACUUCUAAUCUGAAAGUUCACAUGAAGACACACAGUGACGAAAAGCCUUUCAGCUGCAGUGAGUGUGACAAGUGUUUCAGAACUAAAGGAAAUCUUGAUAUUCAUAAGAGAAUACACACGGGGGAGAAACCGUACAAGUGUCCUCACUGUGAGAAGAGAUUCACCCACAAGUAUCAUAUGAACUCACAUGUCCGUUUGCACACCAAUGAGAGGCCAUAUCACUGCAGUGAAUGUGGCAAAACCUUUAAACAAUUAUUUUGUCUGAAGACACAUCAGAAAAUACACUCUGGAGAGAAACCCUAUCAAUGCUCACACUGUGAUAGACGUUUCCGUCAGAAAUCUGACCUGAAACGUCAUGAAAGAAGACAAUCUGGGGAGAAACCCUUUCAAUGCUCACACUGUGACAAGUGUUACCAUCUUGAAUCUGACAUGAAAUAUCAUGAAAAAAGACACUAUGGAGAGAAACUUUACCUCUGCUCUUACUGUGGAAAAAGAUUUUAUGUACCAUCUGAAUUAAUAGUUCAUCAGAGAGUGCACACGGUAGAAAAGCUGUAUCACUGUAGCGUUUGUGGGAAGAGUUUCAAUCAAAAUGUUCUCUUACUAAAGCACAAGAGAACACAUAGUGGAGAAAGACCUUUCAAAUGCACUCAGUGUGACAAGACGUUUACCCGAUCAGAUAACCUGAAAACCCACCAGAGAGUGCAUACAGGAGAGAAACCUUACAGCUGCUCCAUCUGCAGGAAAGCAUUUGUUUUUUCAGCAAGUUUAUAUACUCAUCAGAAGACACAUGCUAGAGAUCAAGCUGCCCUGAAAUCAUCGUAGUGUUUUCAGGCAUCAACAUUAAAUCACAAUUACACUAUCGAAGGCAAUUUUUGUCAUAAUCAUGCAGCCCUGAAGUUAACUCUCCAAAAACUGAUCAGAAGUCAAAUCAUUUUUAUUUGGAUGGCAUUGUUCACAAUGCACACAUUGUUUCAAAGCAGCUUUAUGGAAAAUCAUACUGUAAUGUAUUAAAGCCUCCAGCUCUAUAAAGAGUCAUGCUUUAAUGUCUUCAUUUUUAAGCCCCCAGUGAGCAAGCCAAAGGUGACUGUGGCGAAAAACAAAAACUCCAAAAGAUGCUACUGGAGAAAAAAAAAAAACCUGGAAGAAUCCAGACUGAGCUGGAGGAGCUAGUUCCCCUCUGUCUAUUCAGCAUGAACAUUAUGCCAAUUAAUUAGCAAUGUCUAAUGCCAAUCAUGUAUUAAUGAAGUAUAAAGUGAUGCAAAGCGGUGCAGGUGAGCAUCAUUGUUCACCAUGUUCCCUUACCUGAAAUGUCAUCAUGUUUUCAGAAGUCUCUCAGAUCGUUAGAGUGCAUGUGUAUAUUAAAAAACUCAAAGACUUAUUUUCUCUUUAAAGUGAUUGUAAUUAUCUUUCAUCCAUAAUGUGCAUGAAAGAGAAACAACCUUUUAAAUGUCAGAAAUAACUUGUAUUUGACAAACUAAUUCUAGUUAUUAAGCAUUUCUUAGGAUGGAUAUGGUCUGGAUGUAAUGUAUUUUUGCCUCCAUUUAAGGAUUAAAAGUAUGUAUGUGAA